AUGACUGCUGCUGCUGCUUUUUCCACUUGGGUUUUGUUCUUCCUACUUGUACCUGAGUUCGGACGGUGCGUAUUGGCCCAGAUUGGUCUGGGUUCGAGAUUGUCGGCAAAGGAUCAGAACCGAGCAUGGGUUUCUGACAAUGGGACCUUUGCAUUUGGGUUCACUCCAGUGGACUUCCCUGAUCAGUAUCUGCUGGCGAUUUGGUUCGCGGAACUCCCUGGCGAUCGAACAGUUGUUUGGUCAGCUAACAGAAACUCUCCCGUCGGCACAUCUGCAUUCCUGGACUUCGACAGCAGCGGCAACCUCCUCCUCCUCGAUGGCUCCACCACCGUGUGGACAUCAAACACCUCUGGCGCAGGCGUCGAAGUCGCCAUCAUGUCAGAAACUGGCAACUUCAUCCUCUACUCAGCCAACCAACGCAUCGCUUGGCAAAGUUUUUCACACCCAUCAGACACACUGCUCCCCGGCCAACCCUUAACAGUCUCGCUUGAGCUGAGAUCCUCAAAUUCUUCUUCCCGCGGCGGUUACUACACGCUGAAUAUGCUGCAACAACCCACUUCGCUAAGUCUUGCCCUGAGCUACAACUUGCCAGAGUCCUAUGAUUCCUCGCCGGAUUCCUACAACAACUACUCCUACUGGUCAGGACCCGAAAUAUCAAACGUCACCGGCGAGGUUGUUGCCAUUCUAGACAAAGCAGGUAGCUUUGGAGUCGUUUAUGGCGCAUCUUCAGAUGGGGCCGUUUAUGUGUACAAGAAUGAUGCCGAUGAUGCGGGAUUAUCUUCAGCUACAAACCAAUCUACCGGCCCAUCAGUUCUUCACCGGAUAACCCUAGAGACAAACGGAAAUCUGCGUCUCUAUCGAUGGGAUAACGACGUUAAUGGCUCCCGCCAGUGGGUCCCUGAAUGGGCAGCAGUGUCAAACCCUUGUGACAUUGCAGGUAUAUGUGGAAAUGGCAUAUGUAAUUUGGAGAAAAACAUGACAAACUCGUCCUGCACAUGCCUGCCGGGUUCUUCAAAAUCAGGAACUCAAACCCAGUGCUAUGGAAAUUCAUCGGUGACAGGAAAAUGUGGGUCUCAACACGAGAAUUUAACGUCUCAGUUCAAAAUAGCAGCGGUCCAACAGACAAAUUACUACUACUCUGACUCAUCAGUGAUAGCAAAUUAUAGUGAUAUGGAGACAGGUUCAAAGUGUGGCGACACUUGUUUAUCGGAUUGUGAGUGUGUUGCUUCUGUUUAUGGGCUUAGUGAUGAAAAGGCCUAUUGCUGGAUUCUGAGGGAUUUGGAGUUUGGGGGAUUCGAGGACACUGGCUCAACCCUGUUUGUGAAGGUCGAGUCCAAUGGCUCAUCGAACCCAGAGAGCAACACGAGAGGGUCUGGGGCUUCAAACGAUAGUGACCCUAAUGCCCCUAACAAGAAGGUUGUGGUUCUUCCUAUUGUUUUAACCAUGGCCGUUCUGAUCGGACUCCUCUGUUGCUUACUGUACUUCAGUGUUCAUAGAAAGAGAGCCAUAAAAAGAGCACUCCAAAACUCCUUGCUGGUUGUUUCAGGUGCUCCUGUUAAUUUUAGCUUCCGGGAUCUACAAUGCAGGACAAAUAAUUUUUCACACUUGCUUGGAACAGGUGGGUUCGGACGCGUAUACAAGGGAAGCCUAGGGGAUAGUAGUUUCAUUGCAGUGAAGAAACUUGACAGGGUUUUGCCUCACGGAGAGAAGGAAUUUAUAACUGAAGUGAAUACUAUAGGCUCUAUGCAUCAUAUGAACUUAGUUCGUCUCUGCGGGUACUGCUCUGAGGGGUCACACCGGCUUCUAGUAUAUGAGUUCAUGAUAAAUGGAUCCUUGGACAAAUGGAUAUUCCCAUCUCCUACCAGCCAAGACAGGCUACUAGAUUGGUCGACUCGCUUCCAUAUAGCUAUUGGCACUGCACAAGGGAUCGCGUAUUUCCAUGAGCAAUGCCGGGACAGGAUAAUACACUGUGACAUUAAGCCGGAAAACAUUCUUCUAGAUGAGAAUUUCUGCCCUAAAGUAUCAGACUUUGGGCUAGCUAAGUUGAUGGCGAGAGAGCACUCACAUGUGGUCACAAUGGUUAGAGGAACCAGAGGGUAUUUGGCCCCCGAAUGGGUCAGUAACCGCCCCAUAACAGUGAAGGCUGAUGUUUACAGCUACGGAAUGCUUCUUCUGGAGAUUGUGGGUGGCCGAAGAAACCUAGACAUGACUCGUGACGCAGAGGACUUCUUCUAUCCCGGGUGGGCAUUUAAGGAGAUGGAAAAUGGAACACCACUCAAAGUUGCAGACAGAAGGAUGAGAGGAACGGUAGACGAAGAAGAGCUCGUGAGAGCUCUGAGAGUUGCAUUUUGGUGCAUCCAAGACGACGUUUCCAUGAGACCUUCAAUGGGGGAAGUGGUAAAGAUGCUGGAAGGACCGGUGGACAUCAACGUACCCCCAAUGCCACAGACAGUUUUGGAAUUGAUUGAAGAAGGAUUGGAUCACGUAUACAAAGCCAUGAGAAGAGAGUUUAAUCAGUUCAGCUCCUUCACCAUUACUAGUCAUCCAUCAUCGCGUGCUACAUGUAGCUAUUCCACCAUGUCGCCUAGAUAGAGAGAUUGAUCACGUGAUCUAAUGGCCGGAAAUGCACACAAUUUUGGGUACAGAGGAUUCGAGGGGACCUAGAUAACAACAACAAAAGCAUAUAGGAACCAAGGCCGUCCCUUCCGGUAGGGGCUUCUAUGGUGAUUGAUCCCUUCUCAAUUCAGCAGAAGGGAAACACUAAAUUAGAGAGAGAAUUCUUGAGAUUGUAUUGAAACCCUCCAAUGCUUCCAAAGGGCCGGCUACCGAAGAAUUAAUAGAUGGUCGUGUGAUUCAUAUUUCAAAUUCAUCAUAUUGUUUUGACCAGCCCAUGUUGUUCUUCUUUUCAUGACCAAAUGGCUUCAAGGUGUAAAAUUUUAAGCAGGAAACUAUUCUUUGAGAUGGUAGCGAGAAAUACAAUGAAGUAAAAAAGUGUGCUGAAUGACGCACAAA